AGUUUGUGCCCAUUGACUCCUUGUCCUGUUGCUGGAUACCACCAAGAGGAGCCUGGUUCCAUCUUCUUUACACCUUCAUCAGUAACGGACUCCCCAACUGAAGAUGUCUAACAAUGGAGUUGAAACAGAAGACAAACCACCUGCUCCUCCAAUGAGAAAUACCAGCACUAUGAUUGGCUCAGGAAGCAAAGAUCCCGGGACUUUAAACCAUGGCUCGAAACCUCUGCCUCCCAAUCCAGAAGAAAAGAAGAGGAAGGAUCGAUUUUACCGAUCUAUUUUGCCAGGAGAUAAAACCAAUAAGAAGAAAGAGAAAGAGCGGCCGGAGAUCUCCCUCCCUUCAGACUUUGAACACACUAUUCAUGUGGGGUUUGAUGCAGUCACAGGAGAAUUCACAGGAAUGCCGGAGCAAUGGGCACGUCUGCUGCAGACUUCCAACAUCACCAAGUCAGAGCAGAAGAAGAACCCCCAGGCAGUUCUGGACGUGUUGGAGUUUUAUAACUCCAAGAAGAUCUCCAACAGCCAGAAAUACAUGAGUUUCACAGAUAAAUCAGCAGAGGAUUACAAUUCAUCUAAUACAUUGAAUGUGAAGGCUGUCUCUGAGAGCCCUGCAGUGCCCUCAGUGUCUGAGGAUGAGGAUGAUGAUGAUGAUGCAGCGCCGCCCCCUGUGAUAGCUCCGCGUCCUGAACACACCAAAUCUAUAUACACCCGCUCGGUGAUAGAUCCUCUUCCUCCGCCUACCAGAGAUGUGGCCACCUCUCCUAUCUCUUCUCCCUCGGAAAACAGCACCACAGCACCCGACAUGCUGGUCAGGAACACAGAGAAGCAAAAGAAAAAGCCAAAAAUGUCAGAUGAAGAGAUACUGGAAAAAUUAAGAAGUAUCGUGAGUGUGGGCGAUCCAAAAAAGAAGUACACGAAUUUUGAGAAGAUUGGGCAGGGAGCCUCAGGUACAGUUUACACAGCAAUAGAUGUAGCUACAGGACAGGAGGUUGCAAUCAAACAGAUGAAUUUGCAGCAGCAGCCCAAAAAAGAGCUGAUUAUUAAUGAGAUCCUUGUGAUGAGGGAAAACAAAAACUCCAACAUUGUCAACUACUUGGACAGUUACCUUGUAGGAGAAGAGCUGUGGGUGGUGAUGGAGUACUUGGCAGGAGGCUCCCUAACGGAUGUCGUGACGGAGACCUGCAUGGACGAGGGACAGAUCGCCGCCGUGUGCCGGGAGUGUCUCCAAGCCCUGGAAUUCCUCCAUUCAAACCAAGUUAUUCACAGAGACAUCAAGAGUGACAACAUCCUGCUGGGAAUGGAUGGCUCUGUCAAACUAACUGACUUUGGCUUCUGUGCCCAGAUCACUCCUGAGCAGAGCAAACGCAGCACCAUGGUGGGCACCCCGUACUGGAUGGCACCUGAGGUGGUGACACGGAAAGCUUACGGGCCCAAAGUGGAUAUCUGGUCUUUGGGGAUCAUGGCCAUCGAGAUGAUUGAAGGAGAGCCCCCCUACCUCAAUGAGAACCCUCUGAGAGCCCUGUAUCUCAUUGCUACUAAUGGGACUCCGGAACUGCAGAAUCCAGAAAAGCUUUCAUCCAUAUUCCGAGACUUCUUAAAUCGCUGUCUUGAAAUGGACGUGGAAAAGAGAGGUUCUGCAAAAGAGCUGCUACAGCACCAGUUCUUGAAAAUUGCAAAACCUCUAUCCAGUCUCACUCCUCUGAUUAUUGCAGCUAAAGAGGCAGCCAAGAACAACCAUUAAAGUGGUGAAAUCAACAGAGUCAUCAUGUCAAGACUUUUAGAUGUUCAUUUCAGAGACUGAAUUAUUUGCCCUUCUCCCCUUCUGCUCCUUCUUCACAGAGGUGUUCUUAAAACUUUGACUUGCCCUGAAGGGUGGCAGGGGCAUUGUUCACUGUACGUGGAAGGGCACACAACACGGACGUGGCUGAUCUUACAGGGUGAACUGUACUUCCAUCCUCGUGAUGGGGACGAGAGGGGAAGAAUAUUUUGUAUGGGUGAGAAGAUCUUUCCGAGAGCGUCUGAACCUGACCUACAAGUAGUGAAGCCAGUUUGUUCUCAUAUUUCUUAUGGUGUUUAUUUUUAAAAAUAAUGUGGAGCCUUAGACCAUGUUUAUCUUAAUAAAUUAAAUCUUUUGCUGGCUGCAUUUUGCCUGCUUCUGCCAAGCUGCUAUUACACCACAGAGGCUGCUCUGUGCUUUGGAUGACUCGAGGAGGGAAGGAAGCAGGCAGCAGCAAUGUGAACAGCUGUCAGCUGAGAGGGGAACGAGGAGGUGAAGGUGCAUCCCUCCUGCAGCACUGCUGGAUGCUUUGAGGAAGCAUGGACAAAGCCUCUGUGUGCUUCCUGCAGCCACUGAAGAACCUAAUUCAUGGAUGGUCUCUUUGCCAAAUUGUAUGAACUGCCCCCUAGUCCUCCCUUCCUCCUUUAGUGGCAACUCUACUAGUUAAACAAAUCUUGAAUAUUUUUUUGUUGUUCUAGGAAAUAAAUCACAGGAACAAAAUGACAGGGAACUCUUAGGGUUAUUUUAUCAGUGCUGUGAGGCUUUUUAGAGAUGCUGUCCUGUGUGAUUAACAAACAGAGCAAUUACUAUUGUAAAGACAAGAUUUGCCCACAAAAUAUGUUCAAAACUUGUUUCUUAGAGCAAGUCCAAUGGAAAACAAACUGGUAAUGGAUGCUGCUUUCUCCAUGGAGAUGUGGGGACAAAUUUUUUUUAAAUGAUGGUUUCUUUAUGCUACUGAUUCCUUGGGUUGCCAAUAUUCUGUAAAACAACAGGAAACCUGGAACUACUAGAAGAGGGAUUGGUUGUAAACACUGGGCUUAUGUUCAACUGUAUACUGAUUUUUAAUAAAGUGACUGCUGCAUUUCUUAACUUGGGGCUAGAGGAGAACUGGAGAAUUCACUGUCACCAGACAAGUCUGUCAUUGCUUGUAUGGUCACCAGGUUCUUGAAUGUGUUGGAUGAAGUAAUUUAACCUUGUUUCUUACCCCUUCUGCAGCCCUUUGGGGACAGUGAGUGUUUCCCAAGGGCGUAACUUUACACGUGGAGAAAAUCGAUACAAAAAAUGUGCAUUGUAACUGUGAGAGCUGCUUUCUCUGUACUGCUUUGGUCACAUAUGGGGUGGCCUCAAACCUAUUCUGGAGCAACCUUUCAUCUCUCUGUUGGACAGAAAUUCAUUCCAUCUUGUUGAGACCUGCUGCUGGCUCAGCCCUUUCCUCCCUGGACCUGGGCUUUGAUUAAAUACUGAUCGGCUCCACAGUUUAUGACAGCUCUUACACCAGCUUUAGUGGGUAUAGGUGCUUUGUGAGUUCUUUUGUUUCUGAGGGGCCUUCUCCCAUCCUUUGUGCUGCAGGGUGGUCACUGUUUGACAGAAGGCUGAGGGGUGAAAUCUGUUGCCCAAAUUUGCAACCUCUCUCCCUUUGUGUAUGUAUAUUUAAUCUCCCAGAAUUGUUAGGUUUCCUCUCACGAAGUUUAUAUCCAAGGAUGAGUUCCUUGGGCAAAACAGUACAGCUGCCAACCUGCAAAGGGAUAUGAUCUAUUGAUGAGCUCAUCUGCUUGGAGCUUAGAUGGAGAUAGUAGAAUAGAAGGGCCACUAUGUUUAAAUAAUUCUCUUUGAAAAGGACUUUGUAUUCCCUCUGGAAGACUCAGGAUGGCAUAUGUGGGAGGAAUAGAAUUAGUGUCUAGCUCUCUCCUGAUCUGAAAUCUCAUUUGACUGUCAGAUUUGGCAAUUGACUAUUUUUCAGACAAGGCAGGGUUCAAUUUGAUCCACAAUGUGUUUAACGUCUCUGACUUCUCUUUGAUUCCCUUCCUCACUCCCUUCUCUGCAUCUCAUUGAGAUGAGAACCUUAAUGCAGAUGUGCCCUAUCUGUGAGCAUGCACGG